GUUCAUGGAACAAGUACCUUAGUGUAUAUUUAUCACACUUUCAAUGUAUUGGUUAAUUUCGUGAGAAUACAGUGCAUGCAACAAAGUACAUUCACUUUUAUUAAUGUCAGUGCACAAAAUACUGGGAAAUUGAGAACUCAAGAUGCCAGGGACUCUGACCUACCCAAUAUAUGCUGAUGUAGAAUCACCUCCUCAAAGACAUCGAUCUUACACUUGGAAUCAUCGUAACAGAUCCCCAGUGUCACAAGUUACUGCAAGACAUGGAAGACUAUCUUUGUCAGAACCUGUGAGAGAUGAGGCUACCAGAAAGCUGAGAUUAAAGGUGAUUGCUGGGCACCAAUUAGCAAAAAAAGACAUUUUUGGUGCAAGCGAUCCUUACGUACGUGUUGAUUUAAAUACUAUAAAUGGUGAUCAGAUAUUGGAUUCUGCACUUACAAAAACUAAAAAAAAGACUUUGAAUCCUGUCUGGGAGGAAGAAUUUAUAUUUAGGGUAAAACCUGUUGAUCACAAGUUGGUGCUACAAGUUUUUGACGAGAACAGAUUGACAAGGGAUGAUUUUCUUGGAAAGGUCGAAUUGACAUUAACUAAUGUACCUAAAGAGCAAGAGGGCCGAACAAUCCCUGCUAGACAUUAUUUACUUCGUCCACGUAGGAAUCAUUCCAGUCAGCGUUCGAGAGUAAAAGGCACUUUGCAAGUGUAUCAUGCAUAUAUGUCGGAUUCAUCGACUACAGAGAAUGACAAUGGGGAUGAUGCAUCUGACUCAGGAGGGUGGGAAAUGGUACAAUCAGUAAACGUGAACCAUCCUUCACAGACAGUCGCAUUUGACUCACCUUUAGCACCUUUACCACCAGGAUGGGAAGAAAGACAAGAUGCAAACGGGCGGACAUAUUAUGUUAAUCAUAUAGCAAAAUUUACGCAAUGGGAACGACCAUCGGAAUCUAAUACGUCACCCAGUGGAAAUAUGGCAAUUGAACGAAAUUUCAGUACUGCUGCAACUGAAUUUCAACGACGUUAUCAUAUUAGUGCAGAUAAUGAAAACAGGCACAGAAGUUCAAAUAAUCAGGAUGGUGAUGUUCUCCGCGAGGAAGAUGAAGAUUCGGAAGCAAGAGAUUAUGAGAUUGAGAGUCAUAGGGGAGGGGGUAUUGGGGACACUUCUUCAGACUCCGGACGUUCUGUUGAUCAACGUGGCUACCAUAGUGAAUGCGAAGAUCAGAGUGAUGAUAACGUGGAUAGCCCAACUGGUUCUAGACGAUCGUCUGAACAGAUUGAAAGUCCAAAACCCACUCUUCCUGCGUACAGCAAUGAGGGAUUACCACCAGGAUGGGGCAUGCAAGUAGCACCAAAUGGUAGAGUCUUUUUUAUUGAUCACUGCAAGAGGACAACAACAUGGAUCGAUCCGCGAACGGGGCGUCCAAGUUCGAUACCAAAUCACAUUGCACCUUCUGCUACCCCUAGAAGUGAUUUGGAUCAACUUGGACCCCUGCCUGAAGGUUGGGAAGAAAGAGUACAUACGGAUGGCAGAAUAUUUUUCAUUGAUCACAAUACAAGGACAACUCAAUGGGAAGAUCCACGCAUGUCUAAUCCACAAAUUGCUGGUCCGGCUGUCCCAUACUCGAGAGAUUACAAACGUAAAUACGAGUACCUUAAAUCCCAACUAAGAAAGCCUAACAACGUUCCUAAUAAAUUCGAAAUAAAAGUUGGGCGAACUAACAUUCUAGAAGAUUCGUAUCGUAUAAUUAGUUCCGUUAAUAGAGUGGAGAUACUGAAGACAAAGUUAUGGGUGGAAUUCGAAGGAGAAGUUGGUUUAGAUUACGGAGGUCUAGCUAGAGAAUGGUUUUUCCUUCUAUCUAAAGAAAUGUUCAAUCCUUAUUAUGGAUUGUUUGAAUAUUCUGCUACAGAUAACUAUACACUACAAAUUAAUCCUUUCUCGGGUGUGUGCAACGAAGAACAUCUAAAUUAUUUUAAAUUUAUUGGUCGUAUAGCGGGUAUGGCUGUUUACCAUGGUAAACUCUUAGAUGCGUUUUUCAUUCGACCAUUUUAUAAGAUGAUGUUGGGUAAAUCUAUUGAUUUAAAAGACAUGGAAAGUGUUGAUUCAGAGUAUUAUAAUUCAUUAUUGUGGAUUAAAGAAAAUGAUCCUAGCGAAUUGGAACUCACAUUCUGUGUUGACGAAGAAAGUUUUGGUCAUACUUCUCAAAGAGAACUCAAGCCAGAUGGUGCUAAUAUACCAUUAACCGAUGAGAAUAAAGAUGAAUACAUAGGAUUAGUUAUACAAUGGCGGUUUGUAUCAAGAGUUCAGGAACAAAUGAAUGCAUUUUUGGAAGGAUUUAAUGCUCUUAUUCCACCGACAUUGGUGAAAAUAUUUGACGAGCAUGAAUUAGAGUUGCUAAUGUGUGGUAUACAACAUAUUGACGUAAAAGACUGGAAGCAAAAUACGUUGUACAAAGGAGAUUACCAUGCCAAUCAUAUAGUGGUUCAGUGGUUUUGGCGAGUAGUACUUUCAUUUAGCAACGAAAUGCGCUCUAGACUUUUACAGUUUGUUACUGGCACAUCGCGAGUACCGAUGAACGGUUUUAAAGAGCUUUAUGGCAGCAACGGUCCACAGUUAUUUACAAUCGAAAAGUGGGGUACACCGGAAAACUACCCAAGGGCUCAUACUUGUUUUAAUCGCAUUGACCUUCCUCCUUACGAAAGUUAUCAACAACUCAGGGAAAAAUUGAUAAAAGCAAUUGAAGGUUCUCAAGGUUUUGCUGGAGUGGAUUAGCACGAAAUAUCCCUUUUCAUGAUGAUAUCUGUAAUAUAAUGUACAUAUAUACA